AAAAAAAAAAACCAUAAUGGGAAGAACAAAGAUAUGGGCAAUAUUCAAAAGGCUACUCAAGAAAGAAUCAUGGAAGUGGAAGCACGUUUUAGGGUCAGCUUUCAAGUGGAAGAGACUACACAUUCAUCACUUUUCUUUCAUUGACGAUUUGCUUUUCAAAAUUGCUUCCAUCUUCGAAGCGAUUUUCUUGGUUUCUACUCUCUGUUUCUUCUAUCUUUGUUGUGGAUGUCAAAUUUGAUAGAUUCUGUAUGUACAUGUAUCUAUCUCUGGGUUCUUUUUUGACAUUUUCUUUUGGGUUCAGAUGGGUUCUGAGAGAAAAGUGAUUUCAUGGAGACGAAAUUAGGGUUUUGUUGCCAUUGUUGAAGCUUGUUUUAGAACUUGUUUGAAAGGUGGUGGGAAACUGGAAAUGUAGGGAAGAAAGAUAACUUAUUUGGUAAUUUUUCACUCUUUAUUUGGGGAAGUUUUAUUUAGGUUGAAUUAUGUUUUAAGUUCUUUUACUCUUUGUAGUUUUGUAAUUUAAUCCUUUUCCUUUUGUUGUUGAGAA